CUCCGCAGGUGGCAGCGGCCCGUGUGCUCCCUGCUCGUCUGCCUCAGCCUCAACUUCCUCCUGCUCACCCUCGGCCAAGCCGCCUGGUACUCGGUGCUCGCCCUGUUGGUCGUGGUACCGGCCCUGCUGGGCUACCUGCAGGAGACGUGCCGAGCCCGGCCCUCGGAGCCGGAGCUGGUGCGCAGGAGGUACCACAGCAUCCGCCGGGAGGACCUGCGCAGGGUGCAGCUUUCGCAGCAGGAGGCCGUCGCCCAGGUCAAGAGCUUCCUGAUCCAGCUGGAGGGGUUCCUGAGCGGGAUGUGCUGCAGCUGUGAGGCAGUGUACCGUGUACUGUACUGGGAGAACCCCACUGUCUCUUCUCAGUUUUAUGGAGCGCUGCUGGGCUCUGUCUGUGUCCUGUACCUGCUGCCUCUCUGCUGGGUCCUGGCCAUCCUCAACAGCACCCUCUUCCUGGGCAACACCCAUUUCUACCAAGUCGUGAUGGAGCUCAAGGCCUCGUUCGAGCAGUGUGUGGGCACCAAACCCCUUGAGAGCACUCCAGAGCCUGCCGAACCCCUGCCAGCUGCUGCCCCCCUGGAUCGGACCCCCACACCCACCAGCACAGAGGACCUUACCCCUGGCAGCGUGGAGGAGGCGGAGGAGGCAGAGCCUGAUGAAGAGUUCAAAGAUGCUAUUGAGGAGGAUGACGAGAGCUCUCAGUGCUCAGCAGAUUUUGACCUCAGCCUCCCGGACAACGGUUUUAUGAGCAAAAACGAGGUGAUCCGCAGCAAGGUGUCCCGUCUGACGGAGCGCCUGCGCAAGCGCUACCCCAGCAACAACUUCGGGAACUGCAUGGGCUGUGCAGCCACCUUCUCUGUGCUCAAGAAGAGGCGGAGCUGCAGCAACUGUGGGAACAGCUUCUGCUCCAGGUGUUGUUCCUUCAAAGUCCCCAAGGCUGUGAUGGGAGCCACAGCCCCAGAGGCUCAGAGGGAGACGGUGUUUGUGUGUGCUCUGUGCAACCAGGUGCUCAUCAAGUGA